AUGCCGUCGUCGCUACCGCUACUUGGGUCAGCACUUCACCACCUUUUCAGUCUCUUGCCUGCCUCUGCAGAGCCGUCUGCCACUGGUGCUACUCCUCCUCUGUUGUUUCCGCCGCCUGACCUGUCUCAGGCACGGUUGCCGCCUGGCUCCCCUCUGCCUGCUCCUCCUCGUUACUCCCCGCUGACCGACUCCCCGAACGAGUAUUGGGAGCCUGCGUCUGGUGCUACCUCUCCUGUUGCUCGUCCUCGUCGCUCUCAUGUUCGCCCUCCACCUGUUCACAGUACUCAUACCAUGGCACUUCGUCCUUCCUCUGUUUCACACCCCGUUUCCUUGCCGUUACCUCCUCCUUCUUCUCUUCCUGCCGUUCUUGACCCGGUGUCUGACCUUGCUCGUGCUGACCGUCUGACUGUCACUCAUUUUCUCGCCACACUUAAGACGGACCCUCCUUUUUUGUUUGAUUUUGCGUCUGCCUUGGUCGCUGAGCUCACUGAUUUUGCUGCUACUCGCCGCCUUGACUACCUCGCAAGUCUGGUUUCUGACUCUGCAUGUCCUGCGACCGUCGGUGGUGAGCUUGCACUUGGCUGUUACGUCCUUGAGGAUAGGCGGUUCGAGCUGGAGCUCCUCGCGACUACUGCUCCUCAUCUAGCUGCCAUGCUGCUUACCCAUGAAAGAGACACGGAUGCACUUGACAUCUCGACCCCACUCUCUUACGCUGAGGCGAUCACGGUGAAGCGGCCGCCGGGUUCAUCGCCUGCCUUCAAGGCGCGUUACGUUGCACGCGGUUUCAGUCAGCGUGAGUGGGUGGACUUCUUCCAGACCUUCUCCCCCACCCCGAAGAUGACGACUCUUCGGGUGUUACUGCACGUUGCGGCACAGCGUGACUACGAGUUACACUCGCCCGAAUUCUCCACGGCCUUCUUGCAGGGCAGCCUCCACUAG